AUGUGUUUUUUUAAAUGUUUUAAAGCUAAUAAUACAUACGAUACUGAAAUCGAAGGUAUGAUCGAUAAUACUGACAAUGAAGAGGAAUUAUACAUUAGUGAUCAAGUAAAACUUGUUUAUUUUUCAUGUACACCAUCGCCAGAUCAAGAUUUGAUCAACAUACUCAAUUCAUUGACAAAAGAUACUAAUAUUGAGACUUUUACUUCGGAAAACAAAUGUAUUGAAUAUAUAAAUUCAAUAACAACUAAACUAUUUCUUAUUAUUGAUGAUUCACCAACAAAUAUUCUUAUUGAAUUAAUUGAACCAAUGAAACAUAUUGAUUCAUUAUUUAUUUAUUCAUCAUCAUCAUCAUCAUCAUCAUCUGUUGUUAAUCAAAAUGAACAUUCUUAUAUUAUUAAUUUAUGUCGAGAUAAAAAAGAACUUAUGAAUAGUAUUCAAAAAUCAUAUGAAGCGCUUGAUAAACAACUAGGUACAUUUACUAUCUAUAAUAAAGAAGAAAAAUUCAUGCGAGAUCUUUCAAAAGACGGUGGUUCAUUUUUAUAUUUUCAAUUAUUUUUAAAUCUAUUAAAAUAUUUACCAAAAACAGACGAAGCAAGAAACUGUAUGAUUAGAAUAUGUCGAAAUUAUUACCGAGGAAAUUUCAAUGAAUUAAAAAAUAUUGAAGAAUUUGAUAGAACAUAUAGAUCAAUUGAUGCUAUUACAUGGUAUACAAAAGAUAUAUUUAUUUCCAAAUUUAUUAAUAAAAUUUUUCGUACUGAAAAUGUGGAUGUUUUAUCUCAAUUUAGUUUUUAUAUUAACGAUUUAAGUGAACAACUUCAAUUGAAAUUUUUAGAAUUUAAACAAAAACAAAAAGGUGUUGUUAAACUUUAUCAAUCGUUAGAAUUAAAUAAUAAUGAAUUAAUUUAUUUUCAAAAUAAUAUUGGAAAUAUCAUUUCACCAAAUGGAUAUAUAUUAACAACGAAUGAACGUUCAAUUGCGCAUGAUUUUCUAAUAAAAUCUGCUAAAAAAGAAGAUGUUGCACGAGUUUUAUUCCAAUAUGAAAUUGAUUUAUAUGUUGUUGAAAAAAUAGUUCUUGCUGAUAUUCGAGAAUAUUCAUCAUGUCCAGAAGUUUUAAUUGAUAUUGGAGCAUCAUUUCAAAUCGAUUCUUGUCAAUUUAAUAACGAAGAAGAUUUAUGGUAUAUAAAAGUUCAUGCAAUUGAUUAUAGUAUUCCUUCAGCUGUUCAAUACAUCGAAUACCACAAGAGAGAAAUGACUCAAUCAAAUAUAGUUCUUAUGUUGGGUAAUUUACUUAUUGAAAUGGGUGAAUAUACUAAAGCGGAAAGAUAUUUUGUUACAAUUCUUAAUUCAUCAAAUUUAAAUGAUGAAGAACUCGCUUGUUUAUUUUUUUAUUUUGGUCGUAUAUCUCGAUUGCAAGGUGAUUUUAAUCGUGGAAUAGAUUCUUAUAAUCGUGCAUAUAAGUUACAUAUGAAUGCUCGACCAAAACGUUCGGCUAGUGCUGGAAAAGCAUUAAAUGGUCUUGGAGUUAUUUUUAAUGAGCAAGGUAAAGAAUUGAAAGCUGAAGAAUAUUUUCAACGUGCUAUGAAAUUAUAUAAAAAAAGUCUACCAAAAAAACAUCUUGAUAUUGCUGCAACAUUAAUUAAUUUAGGUACUAUUGAUUGUGAUCGACAAGAUUAUGAUCAAGCAUUAGUUAAAUAUCUUCGAGCAAAAAAAAUUUAUGAUUAUUCACUACCAGCAACUCAUCCAAGCUUUGCAUUACUUAAAAUUAAUUUAGGUAAUCUUUAUUUAGCCAUGGGUGAUUAUGAAAAUGCUUAUAAACAAUAUGAUAGUGCACUUAAAAUACAAGAAUCAUCAUUACCAAAUAAUCAUCCUGAUAUAGUUCGAACAUUACAUAAUCUUGCAGUUGUUCAAACACACCGAGGAAUAAAUGAUCAAGCAAAACAAUAUUUAGAACGAGCAGAAGAGAUAGCUAGUAAAACAUUAUUAUCAGAACAUCCAGUUAUGAAUUUACUUGCUAAAACAAAUGAUUUUAUGGUUGAAUAUGUUUAUGAUUAG